AUGUCUGAACAGCCUAAUUCCAUCAAUAGAUCAAGAUCCUUGGUUUUAAACCAGCCCAAAAACAAUAGCAAUUCCGCAAAAUCUGUUGCCUCCGUACCAGGUGACCUCAAUGAUAAUGAACGGACAAAAAUACGGGAAGAGGUUUUUCAAAACUGGUUGCAAACUAAGAAACUAGAACAGUUGAGAAAACGGGAACAGGAGGAAAAAAUUAAACAGAUAGCCUUAGAAGAGAAACAAGUAAAAAGAGAGGCAGCGGAAAUUAGCUAUGCCAUCUGGAAGCACAAGAAAGAUGAAGAGAGAAAAGCCAAGGAAAUGAAAGAACGACAACUUCGAAAUGAGGAACAUCAGCAACGUGAGGUUGAACUGAAGAAAACAGUGUCCAGAGAAAAAGUCUCAGAGUGGAUGAAGAUGGCAAAGUACAAACCUCGACCUGUCCCUAGCAACCUUGGCUUGAUAAGUUUAACAGUCACCAACCCCCCGAGCUACUACAAUCCUCAACCCUGGGUCAACCCUGAACCUGCAUGAUUUGAAUUGGAAAAAUAUAAAAUUUUAUUUGAUAACAUUUUUAA